AUGUUCAAACCCGCGCCCGCAAAGCCCACGGCGAAGAAGAAACAAAAUUCCGUCGUACGAAUAACCAAUACCAGGGGGUUCGAAUUUGGUCGAUUACCCCAGGAGGUCGCGUCUUGGGUCUCGCGGCUCCUUGACUUAGGCAAUUUUAUCGCAGCUGUGCUGAUGUUGCAAGCAGAUAUCGUCGAGUUCCGGAGAUGCACCAUGGUUGAAUGCCCGACGAAGCUCACGACGGGCGCAGACCUAAUACUCUCCUUGUCAAUAUACAUCAAACCGAGCGCGUUCCGUCCGCCUUCGUACCCCUCCGAGGACAAAGCCAAAGACAUGUUCGAUGAGGGUCAAGAGACGGAGGCCGAGCAGAUCCUGAGAGAACGAAAGCAGUCGCUCACCAGUCUCUUUAAGCGUAUCAACCUCAAACCGCGCAGAGGAAAUCACACAGUCGGCGGUCGUAGUGGGCUGUACCAACGCGAGCUCGAGUUGUUGACCCAACAGCAACCGAUGGCUGUGAAGAAGACGUCUUCUGGCAACGACGAGGACGAGGACGAGGGAGACAUUACGGAGGAGCAGAUCAACCUCAUCUACAAGAAAGCGCAGCAGAAUGACAGACAGAUGGGUGAGAUGGAGCCUGCUGGUAGCUUCACGCUCAAAUUGCGAGGAUACCAGAAGCAGGCGCUAUUGUGGAUGCAUUCCAUCGAAACAGGCGCCGCUUCAGCGCGAGAAGCACAAUCAAUGCAUCCUUUAUGGAAAGAAUACCCAUUCCCAUUCGACCCAAAUGAUGACAUGAUAGAUCUCACCGCGGAUGAACGAUCGUUUUAUUUCAAUGAGUACUCAGGCGAACUCAGCCUCGAGUUUCCGAAGGCGGAACGUAAGUGCAAAGGCGGUAUCCUUGCCUCUGCAAUAGUGGGCAUGGGCAAAACGAUCAUGCUGUCCGCCCUCAUACAGACCGCCCGCGAACCCGAGACGCCAGCCGACGACUCAGCAAGCUCUUCCAGAGCCAAGCAGCUCAGACUGAACAACGCCUUCCGCGUAAUGGAGAAGCCUCUACCACAGCAACGCAAAGGGCCAUCGGCGACCCUGAUCGUCGCGCCCACUUCCCUCCUCACGCAGUGGGCGGAGGAGCUGCAGCGAUCAAGCAAGCCAGAUACCCUGAGGGUGCUGGUCUGGCAUGGCAUGAACAGGCUGGACUUGGAUGCCGCGGUAGACGGGGAGGGCGCGACGAACGUGGUUAUCACGUCUUACGGGACGCUCGUGUCCGAGCAUGCAAAGCACGAGAAACAACCCUCGUCUGUAUUCGAAGUCGAAUGGCUCCGCGUCAUUCUGGACGAGGCCCACCAUUGCAAGUCUCGGACAAGCAAGACCGCCAAGGCGGUAUACGCGCUGCGGGCUCGGCGAAGGUGGGCGGUCACUGGGACGCCCAUUGUGAACCGCCUAGAAGAUCUCUACUCCCUCUUGAAGUUUUUGGACUUUACGCCAUGGUCGAAUUAUACCUUCUUCCGCUCAUUCAUCACACUACCUUUCCUAGCUCGCGACCGGAAGGCGGUAGAGGUCGUACAGAUUAUUCUCGAGAGCGUGCUCUUGCGCCGCGAGAAGGACAUGCUCGACUCCGAUGGGAAGCGCAUCGUCCAGCUACCUCCAAAAGAGGUGAAAGUCGAAAAGUUGGAGUUCUCUCCGCUGGAACGCAAGAUCUACGACUCGCUGUACUUGGAUGCGAAGAAGGACUUCGAGCACCUCAAAGAGAAGGGCCUCGUUAGCAGGAACUAUACUCACAUUCUCGCUAUGCUCAUGCGGCUGCGUCGUGCGGUCCUUCACCCCAACCUGGUCCUCUCGUCCGGCGACGGUGGUCUCGCGCCGAAGUCCGCCAACGGCAGCGGCACAAUCGACGUCAAGGAGCUCAUUCAGCGUUUUGGCGAGGGCGAGAACGUCGUAAGCGACAGCAAGGUGUACGCCGAGGGCGUCUUAGCCAACCUUGGCCAGGAGGACGCGGAGUGUCCGAUCUGCUUCGACGUGAUGGAAACGCCGACAAUCCUACCUAAUUGCAUGCAUCAGUGCUGUAAGGACUGCAUCAUUGCGUUCAUCGAGAAGUGCAGGGAGAAAGGCGAAGACGGCAAGUGCCCGACUUGCAGUAAGGGUCCCGAGAGCGAUCUCCUGGAGAUUGUCCGCUCAAGACAGAACAGCAACGAAGGUGCAGGCGAUAUCCAGGAGGCUCCAGCACCCACGGUGAUUCUACGUCGGAAUGAUUUCCGGUCUUCGACAAAGCUAGAGGCUUUGGUACAGCAUCUCCGCCGGCUGAGAGACCAGGACCUGUGCUUCCGCGCCGUGGUGUUCUCUCAAUUCACCUCUUUCUUGGACUUGAUCCAAAUUGUCUUGGAGCGUGAGGGUCUUCUUUGGUACCGCUUCGACGGCUCGAUGGACGUUAAGAAGCGGAACGAAGCUGUGUCCGGAUUCAAAGCUCCUACGCGUGAGGCUAAGGUGCUCAUCAUCAGCUUGAAGGCUGGUGGCGUUGGUUUGAAUUUGACCAACGCCAACCAUGUCUUCAUGAUGGAUUGCUGGUGGAACGCCGCGACUGAGAAUCAAGCGAUCGACCGGGUGCACCGAAUCGGCCAGGAGAAGACGGUCUACGUUACCCACUUCAUCGUUUCUGGCACCAUUGAGGGUCGCAUUCUGCAGAUUCAGAAACGGAAGACCGCUAUCGUCAAAGAGGCAUUCAAAGGCAAACGUGACACGGAUCCGGAAAGCAUCGAGAACCUGAAGAUCAUGUUCGGUGAUGAUCGAGCGGACGCAUAG